GGUAAUCAGCUCCCUUUCCCCUUCCCCCCACCUCUUCUAGGUUCUGGGGAGUACCGCGGAGCUACCGGACCUGAUGCGGGCGCCCGGUCGCGGACUGUCCCAUCCUGCUCCUCUGCAGCUCGUGGUGCUCCCGCGCCCAGACUGGUAUCCGGGGAGUGUGACUUGCAGGGUCCGCCAUGGAGCCAGAGCAGAUGCUGGAGGGACAGACGCAGGUUGCAGAAAAUCCCCACUCUGAAUAUGGUCUCACAGACAACGUCGAGAGGAUAGUAGAAAAUGAGAAAAUUAACGCAGAAAAGUCAUCAAAACAGAAAGUGGAUCUCCAGUCUUUGCCAACUCGUGCCUAUCUGGAUCAGACAGUUGUGCCUAUCUUAUUACAAGGACUUGCUGUACUUGCAAAGGAAAGACCACCAAAUCCCAUUGAAUUUCUAGCAUCAUAUCUUUUAAAAAACAAGGCACAGUUUGAAGAUCGAAACUGACUUAUUGGGAAGAACAGAAAAAUUUGGUUUCUACUGUAGAUUUACAUGAUUAAGAGGCAGCUUUAAUUGCCAUGAUUCCCCCCACCCCACCCCACCCCACACUUUUUGGAAGAAUAAGAACCUUCAGGACAACAGAACUUAUUUCGGAGUUGCAGAAGAAGACAUCAUUUCCCUUAUUGAUUUAAUCACAAACUUAUUUAAUGAGUGUGUUCCGUGCAAUUUUUUUUCAGAUUGUCUUUAACUUUGUUUUUAAAAUGACCUUCAAAAUAAACUGUUAAAACAUCA